AUGCCAAUCACAUAUGAAAUGGAAAACACUGAUAACAAUUCUUUGGCAAUCACACUACGUCCUUACAGACUCUCAGAUGCAGAGGAUUUCUUAAUGUAUGCUGGUGAUGAAAGGGUGACACAAUUCACUCGUUGGAACACUUUGAAUUCUAAAGAACAAGCACUCUCCUACAUAAAGGAAUUCUGCAUUCCUCACUGUUACUGCAAAUCCAUCUGCUUCAAUGACCGCUCGAUUGGAUUUCUCUUCAUCAAGCCAUAUGAUGAAGAUAAUGAGAAGUGCAGAGCAGAGGUUGGGUACGUGGUAGCUGCUGAAUAUUGGGGACGAGGCAUAGCAACCAGAGCUUUGAAGAUGGCCAUCAUUGAUGUGUUCAAACAAUUUACCGAUUUGGUUAGACUUCAAGCUAAGGUUUUAAUAGAGAACAAGGGUUCCCAGCGAGUGUUGGAAAAACUAGGAUUUCAGAAAGAAGGUCUGUUGCGGAAGUAUACCAUUCAUAGAGGUACAGCUAGUGAUCUUUUCAUGUAUAGUCUUCUAUCCACUGAUCCCAUGCCUUGA